UGAGGAGAGGGCGGCGGGCAUAUUCUGGCCAAUCGCUUGGGCACAAUUCCGAGAGGAAGGCACGAGCUAUGGCGGCGACUUAACAGCUUUGCUCCAGGGAUAGUGAUCUGAUCUGGGCUGGGAAUAGGAGGCAAGAGAUUAUGUAGGAUUCGACGCUGACGCUACGCAUCGAGGAUGUUCUCCUGCUUCAACCCAAAGUAUAAGAGACAACAGAAGGCGGCGUCAUUCAAGAUCAUCACUUUGAACGUGGAGGAGGCUAGUCAUCUUGGAAGCAACGAGGCAGUGUCAUUCAGUGCUCGUGACAUAAACCAAGCGACCGGGAACUACUCUCCGUCUCGGAAGAUCGGGCAAGGGGGAUUUGGAACUGUCUACUAUGGAAAGCUUCGUGACGGUACUCCAGUUGCUGUCAAAAGAGCAAAGAAGAAUGCUUUCGAGGCACGGCUUUCGACGGAAUUCAAAAGUGAAUUGAGCAUGCUCUCAAGGGUGGAGCAUAUGAAUCUCGUGAGGCUGUUCGGCUAUUGUGAUGGCAAGGAUGAACGGGCCCUUGUUGUGGAGUAUGUUCCCAAUGGAAAUCUUCGUGAGCACCUCGAUGUUUUGCGAGGAACAGUGCUACCUUUCGCAACCCGGAUUGAUAUUUUAGUCGACGUUGCUCACGCCUUGACAUAUCUCCAUUACUAUGCAGACGAGCCCAUCAUCCACCGCGAUGUAAAAUCGUCAAACAUUCUUUUAACACACUCGUUUCGUGCCAAAGUAGCUGAUUUCGGGUUUUCUAGAGCGGGGCCAAUGGACGUGGACGCGACUCACGUCUCGACAGAAGUGAAGGGAACUGCUGGAUAUCUUGAUACAGAGUAUCUUUACACGAAGAAGCUGACACCAAAGAGCGACGUCUACUCUUUUGGCAUUGUCAUGGUGGAAACCAUGACGGCGAGGCGUCCGAUAGAGCUCAAGCGAUCUGGCGAGGAGAGAGUAACUAUAAGAUGGGCGUGGAAGAAGUUCGAGGAGGGAAACAUCUUACAGAUACUGGAUCCAAACCUGGAGAAGCAUCCGGAGAUUGCACCCACGAUGGAAAAGCUUGCAGAGUUGGCGUUUCGGUGUGCAGCGCCAUCAAGGAAAGAGCGACCAUCCAUGCAAGAAGUAAGCCAGCAACUCACACUGAUACGAAAGGAUACCUUGGCAGUGAGUUCCAGCAGCGACAUCAGCUUCUUCACAAGCUCGGAACGCGUCGGAUCCUCUCAGCGUUCGCAGUGACGUAUAGCUUUGCGUGAAAGUUUUUCGGUGUUUGAAUCCAGGAAAGAAUACAAACGCACAGCUACAAGACUGGUGAAAUUUCACCUGUUGUUUCUAGCCCUCCCGCAAUGGCAGGAGCUUGUCUCGAGGACGAGACGACAGUGUUAUUGAUUUCGACCUUCCGCAA